UUACUAAUAAAUUAUUUAAAUAGGUUGCAUCAAUCAACAGCUCUCUGCUUCAAGCCGGAUGUUGGGAACUCUGAGCGCCAUUCUCACCAGCUAAUCAGAGUCGGCCAGGUACAUCAUCAGCCAAUCACAUUGCUCCAAACCCUACCUUCACCAACCACAGAAUCCCAUUCUUUUCACAAAACAAAUCAUAGCGCUACCAACAAACUUCAGCCAAUCACAGCGCUCCUCCUAUCCCACCAGCCAAUCCUGCUACAAUAACAUCUAUGAUGUUCCUGAAGACUGCGCGUGCGCACAUGUUGGACAGCUGAUAACUCAUCUAUUAUGCUACUUGGCUAAAUUAAAAAAAAAAAAAAAAAAUCUUCGGAGACCUGACAGAUCCGCCGCCAGAGUACCGGAGGACCGAAACACAAAGUUGUGCGAUGGGAUUUGGGGGAGUGUGGAUCUGAAGCGUUGACACCCGCAGCCGCCCUGAACUGAACGCUGACACACACCCGCACGCACACACAGGGAGUUGUUUUCUCACCCGCAGGUCAGACGCCGCCGUUCCACGCUGCUUUGCUGCGUCACUGUCGUCCACCAUGUCGGACGCCCCCGAGGCUGCGCCCGCCAGCCCCCCCUCCAUCACCAACCCACCUCCCCCAGAGGUCACCAACCCUAACAAGCCGGGCAGGAAGACCAACCAGCUGCAGUACAUGCAGAACGUGGUGGUGAAGACUCUGUGGAAGCACCAGUUCGCCUGGCCCUUCUACCAGCCUGUGGACGCAAUCAAGCUGUGUCUGUGGGACUACCACAAGGUGAUCAAGAACCCCAUGGACAUGGGAACCAUCAAGAAACGCCUGGAGAACAACUAUUAUUGGAGCGCCAGCGAGGCCAUGCAGGACUUCAACACCAUGUUCACCAACUGUUACAUCUACAACAAGCCCACAGACGACAUUGUCCUGAUGGCUCAAGCUUUGGAGAAGAUCUUCCUGCAGAAAGUGGCUCAGAUGCCACAGGAGGAAGUGGCUCUGCUGCCGCCAGCUCCUAAAGGCAAGAAGACGAGCAAGCAGCCAGCGGCCACUACAGUGAGCCAGCAGGCGGAGUCCUCAGCCUCCCCUCCCACCUCCUAUCCCUCCCCCUCUCCCUCUCAGACGCCCGUAAUCUCCACCACACCCACUCCUGUCCCGGCCACGCCGCCUGUCCCUGCCCCACAGCCCCCAGCAGCCAUGAUGCCGUCUGCGCAGCCUGUUGUCAAGAAGAAAGGCGUAAAGAGGAAAGCCGACACGACCACUCCCACCACGUCGGCCAUCUCUGCCGGCCGUGCCGACUCCCCGUCCGCCCAGGACGCAAAGCCACCUAAGCUCGCCUCGUCCCGUAGGGAAGCCGCCGCCCGUCCUGCCAAGACCCGCCGCGAGACGGUGGAAGAUGCGACCGGCGUCGAGGUGGGAGGCGGCGUCGUGGUCGCGGCAGCCAGGAAGCCAGGAAAGCUCGGGGAGCAGAUGAAACACUGCGACGCCAUCUUGAAGGAGAUGCUCUCCAAGAAACACGCCGCCUAUGCCUGGCCUUUCUACAAGCCUGUGGAUGCUGAGGCGCUGGAGCUGCACGACUACCACGACAUCAUCAAACACCCCAUGGACCUCAGCACCGUGCGGAAAAAGAUGGAUAAAAGCGAGUACAGCGACCCUCAGAGCUUCGCCACAGACGUCAGGUUAAUGUUCUCCAACUGCUACAAGUACAACCCCCCCGACCACGAGGUGGUGGCCAUGGCCCGCAAGCUGCAGGACGUGUUCGAGAUGCGCUUUGCCAAGAUCCCAGACGAGGGCCUGGAGGUGUCCGUCCCGUCCACCACGCCGCUGGUCAGUAAAAGCACCGCCUCCUCCGACAGCAGCAACAACUCGUCCUCCGACGAAUCGUCUGACUCUGAGGAGGAACGAGCCACGCGAUUGGCUGAGCUGCAGGAGCAGGUUGGUGCUGUCGGCCAAUCUCAGCUGAAGGCCGUGCACGAGCAGCUCGCCGUGCUGUCGCAGGCGCCCGUCAGCAAGCCCAAGAAGAAGAAAGAGAAAAAGGACAAGGAGAAGAAAAAAGAGAAAGACAAGGACAAAGGGAACAAGGCUAAGAUAGAGGAGGAAAAGAAACCCAAAGCUGCUGCGCAGCAGCCCAAACCAGCCAAUCAGAAGAAGGCGCCAGCCAGGAAAGCCAACAGUACAGUAACGGCCCCCAGGCAACCGAAGAAAGGCGGAAAGACGUCGGGCGGGGGCUCGGCCAACGGAGACGACGGCGAGGAAUCCUCUCUGCCCAUGUCGUACGACGAGAAGCGGCAGCUGAGUCUGGACAUCAACCGGCUGCCGGGGGAGAAGCUAGGCCGCGUCGUGCAUAUCAUCCAGUCCAGAGAGCCGUCGCUGAGGGACUCCAACCCCGACGAGAUCGAGAUUGACUUUGAGACUCUCAAACCCUCCACGCUCAGAGAGCUGGAGCGCUACGUCAAGUCCUGCCUGCAGAAGAAGCAGAGAAAGCUCAUGCAGAAAGCAGCAGGAGGUGGGGCCUCUGGGGGCGGGGCCAGUCGUCUGAGUGGCAGCUCCUCCUCUUCCUCCGAUGACAGCUCCUCAACAGGAACCUCUUCAUCCUCUGACACAGACUGAACUCUCUGAGGGGGGGGCACACACCUGUUACUGAUCUUACACACAAACACAGAAUCAUAUAGACUUUGUUCCUGAACAAACACACAAACGACCCACUCGGAACUUGGCACUCACACUUGAGCCCACGCUCAGACGUGCAGACUGUAUGUAAAUAGGCUGACCUUGCUUUUUUUUCUCCCCCCUCUUCUUUAGCUUCUAGUGUUUUUAUUUUCUAUUUUUUUCUUCUGGAGAGAAGCAGUCAGUCAGGAAAAGGGGGAGGAGAGAAUAGGGGCGGAGACAAAACCAUCACAGGUUUCCUCCUCCUUCUCCUGGAUAUCCGGCGCGACCCCUGACCUCUGAGCACAUUCCAGACGCACCACGAGAGGAGGAGGAGCAGCCAAUCGCUGGCACAGCGUCGGAUCACCGAUCAAUCGAAAGUGUACGAGGAGAAGAUGUGGAUUAUUGUUGGAUUAUUGAUUGAUGCGUGGAAUCCAUCGUGACAUAAUAACGUGGAGUUAUUUUAGAGGAUGUUGCAGGGAGGGGCUCCUGGGACCGAACUGAUCCAAAAAAAAGUUUUUUUUUUAUUUGUGGAGCUGAACUUCAGGAUGCAGAUCAGCUGACUGUCGGAGCGUCUCUCUGCAACACAUUUUACUGAAAUGUAAAAGUUCUUGGCAAGAAAAAAAAAGACAUUUAAUGUGUGAAACUUGUUUAAAUAAGGAUCGUAUUUCUGUUCAAACCCCCCCAACGUCCCCUGAGAGCAACCCUGCUGGUCCUUCAGGCAAGAUCUGCAACCCGCUGUCUGACUGAAGUUUUAGGUACCAAAACGUAACUCCCAUACCCGUUCCUAGCCCCGCCCCCAUCACCUCCUGACUCGGCGCUCAUCAGAGCGAAGCCCGUUAUCAGGUUCUUCCCGAACACUACAUUUCCUUGUUUGGAUUUUCAGGUCGUGUGCUGAACUUGUUUGUGUCUUCUGGAUAUAAAACUGUCUUUGUACCGCUGUCCUGUCCUAACCUGGCAGCCCCGCCCACCCGGCUCAACAGCUGCUCCAGAUCUGCUCCCACGCUCAGGCCAAUCAAAGUCCUGCGGCUCUGAGAAAUCACUUCCUGUGUUGCUUUCAUCAGCCAAUAGGAGAGAGGUGGGCGUGGCCAGGCACAGCAGUUUGGAGUCGAAUUCAAAAGCAGUUCAUGUCUCAUCCUUCAGUGCAGCAGCUUGGUGGCAGUUUCUUCGUUCGCUGCUGUUUCUGAUUGGCCCGUUGUGUCUGCGCUCUUCUACACGAUUGGCCCUGUCUCAAUUUAUAUUCAUUUAAUUUUUUAUUUUAUUUGAAAUGCUUCUUGUUGUGGCGCCCCCUGAAGGCUACUUUUGGCAUUACUCUUUUUGUUUCAGCUUUCAACCAAAACUCAUGGCCUUCCUUUGAUGUCCCUCGUCACCACGGAGACGGUUCAGCUCUUGUGUUUUCACGUUUGUGGUUUGCCUUCUCUCUCGGGGUGAAACGACGGCCUGAAACAGUCGCUCAGAACAAGGUUUCCUGUCUGAGUGUGAAGGACAGACAGACAGACAGCUCGUUGCCACAGUAACCCUUCUCUGUUUCCUUUUAGUUAAUGGUUGAGCUUUGAAGCUAAUAGUUAAUUUUUGUAUUUUAAUAAGAAAAAGGAAAAAGGUGAUUUUAUGUAUUUGCAUGCACUCCGGCCGUACGUUCUUUCUUCUGUAUGUUUGAGCACUGUAUAGUAGCUGUAUAGUAGCUGUCUGAGGUGUAGAAGGAGCUCCGCUCAAUAGAGAUGCAGAGGACGAACCAUCAAAAACCAACAAGUGAAUUAUUUGAUGUAAUUACUGAUAUGGGAUCCUUAUUUUCUGAGUUAAUUUGUUUUCAUAAAUAAACCAUAUAAACUGAGA